AUGAACGUUUUAAGCAACCAGAUGCUUAGAACCCCCCAGGAGCCCCGCUGUGGACCUGCCUCCAUGCAGGACCUGACUUCCUGCCCCUCCGCGUUCGCCUCUCACCUCCACCCGCCACCCGUGUUGGGCCUCCCGGGGGCUCCCAGGGGCGGCUCCUCCAAGGCGGCGCGGGAACUGAGCGCUGAGGAGCAGCAAGAGUUGAGGAGGAAGAUCAACAGCCGUGAGAGGAAGCGGAUGCAGGACCUUAACGUUGCCAUGGAUGCCUUGAGGGAGGUAAUGGUCCCCUACGCCUGCUCCGCCCCCGCCUCGGCAUCCCCCCAACCUGCGGGCGGCCCACCCGGACGGCGGCUCUCCAAAAUCUCCACCUUGGUGUUGGCGCGAAACUACAUCCUUCUGCUGGGCUCAUCCCUGCAGGAGAUGCGACGGUUGCUGGGCGAGCUGAGCGUGGGCACGGGGCCCGGCCCCCGGCUGCUGCUGACGGGGGGCUGGCCCCUAAUCUCGGCGCCCGGUCAGUUCCUCCUCACCCAAGAGUCCUUCUUGACCUCAGCCACGUCAUCCCCCUCGUCUUCUUCCUCACCCGUCGCCCUCAAGUGUCCCCUGCUCUCUCGCAGCCCCAUAGAGGCCCCGCUUGCACCCGUGCAGUGGGGCCUGGCCCCCCCCUCGGGGCUGCCUUUGUGCCCCUGCGGUGUGUGCAGACUUCCCAGAUUCAGCCACCCGGCCCCACCUCCCAGAUUCCCAAAGUGA